UACCUCAUUUGCAUACGCCCUUCUAUAUUUAAUAUGACGUCACCCGGUCCAUAAACCGCAUACAGACCGGGGCCGGUCCAUAAUUCUUAUGAAGACCGUUUAAACGUAACUUUCACGAAGUGCAAAUUUCACGACGACACAAACAGACGAUAACUGUCAAAAUGGCCAAGGCUACCCGAUUCGCAUCAUUAUCUGAGACCGAUUUAGUUAAACUCAGUGAAUCUAAGGAUUCGAAAAACACAAAAGCAGCAACAAAACAUUCAGUAAAGCUGUUCAGGACAUAUCUGGCUGAAAAAGGCCACGAUUCUUCCUUUGAAACUUACACGAACGGGGUUCUGAACAGUCGACUGCGUUUGUUCUACGCCGAGGUUCGAAAUGCGUCUGGAGAACGAUAUAAGAGGACAUCCCUGAUUGCAAUACGAAGUGGAAUAUGCAGGUACUUGUGUCAAUCUAACAACAUCGACAUAACUCGAGAUGUGGACUUUAAAGAAGCCAACGACAUGUUUGUUUGUAUGUGUAAAGAUACCUGCAAAACAGGUAAAGGAACUGUUGAUCACAAAGUGUCCAUCGAGAAAGCAGAUUUAGAGCGUUUAUACAGUUCCAGGAUGCUUGACACUACCACACCGUAUGGGCUUUUAAACAAAGUAUGGUUUGAAUUAUGUCUGUACUUUUGUAGGAGAGGGCGUGAAAACCAACGUGAGCUGAAACCAUCCAUGUUUAAUAUCAGAACAGAUGCCUUAGGCAAGCGGUAUGUCUGUCAGGUGGAUUCAGAAGUAUCCAAAAACCACCAAGGCAUUAAACAUAGUGAAAUUCAAGAUAAAAAUGUGAGAAUGUAUGAAACGGGUGGAAGAAUGUGUCCAGUAAAAAGCUUUGAGAAAUAUUUGUCAAAACUGAAUCCUUAAUGCAAAGCUCUGUUCCAGACACCAAGAGAGUCCUUCUUUGACUCAGACUCGAUCUGGUAUGAAAAUCGCCCACUUGGGAAAAACAAGUUAGGUACACGUAUGAAGGAACUAUCUGUUGGGGCCG